GACAUGUCCAAAGGGAAACCCCCAGACUUCAGUGAUAAUGAACCAAGUCCACAUGAGCACCAAAGACCUGUUUCCACGAGAAGUGACAUGUCCAAAGGGAAACCCCCAGACUUCAGUGACAAUGAACCAAGCUCAACUACAUCAACUGAGAACAGCAAUGCUUCUGUGAAGAAUGAUCUCAGCGAGACCUCAACGCGAUGGAAGGAGCUGGUGAAACAUCUGCGCGGAAGACUUCUUACAGAAAACAAACUGAUUGAAGACACCAAUCAUCCUAACAAGAACAACACCGAACACAUCAUGAGAGAGGACAGCACUCCAGGGAAUAAUAAACAGACUGUGGUGAAAGUGGGUGCAACAUCUGACAUCUUUAAAGAUAAGAAUGGGAAGAAAAUCAGAACUGUGCUGACUCUUGGAGAGGCUGGUAUUGGAAAAUCCUUCCACGUACAGACAUUUAUAAAAGAGUGGGCGGAAAACAAAAACCCUUCAUUUUUCACUAGGUUUGCAAAAACAGCAAAAUCUUUGUUUCGUAAAGGCAAAGAAAAUGAACUAGGAAUAUUUCCACUCGAAGUCUCUGAACUUAAUCAGAUGAAAGAUAAAGAAAUUAGCUUGGUGGGUUUUCUCAACCAUUUCUUUAAGGAAACCAAAGACUUUGUAAUCACUGAAUUUUCACACUUCCCAUUUUUAUUUGUCUUGGACGGAGUUGACCAAUCUCAGCUCCUGCUCGACUUUGACAACAACAACAUAUUGACUGAUAUCAGUGAACCAGCCUCAGUGGACGUGCUGUUGACCAACCUCAUCAAAGGGAACCUGCUUCCUUCAGCUGUAGUGUGGAUAACGUCCCGACCUUCAGCUGGUAAUUGGCUGAAUGUUGAAAAGUUUGUUGACAGGGUGACAGAAAUACGAGAGAAGCCUGAUAUUAGAAGCCAACGCAAACUCAAGUCUCAACUGAAGGAGCAGUUUACUCGUGUGUCUGAGGGCAUCGACAGGCAAAAAACCUCUGCUGUCCUGAAUGAGAUCUACACAGAGCUCUACAUCAUAAAGAGGCACAGUGGAGAAGACAAUGAGCAGCCAGAGACCAGACUGGUUCAAGAUGCAAAGUUCAAACAAGAAACAGCAAUUAAAUAUAAUGAAAUCUUCACCUCUGUAGGAAAUAAACCUAUUAAAACUGUGAUGACAAUUGGAGUGGCAGGCAUAGGAAAAACUAUCGCAUCAAUGAAGUACAUGCUGGACUGGGCUGAUGGUAACCCGGUUCAAAACAUUUAUUACAUGUUUCCACUUCCUUUCCGAGAGCUUAAUUUGAGAAGAGAGGAACAACUCAGUUUUGAGGAUCUUAUUCAUCAGUUCUUUCCAGCUAUGAAGACCUCAGAAAUAUCUGACUAUAACAAGUACAACAUUCUGGUUGUUCUGGAUGGCUUUGAUGAAUGCCGCCUUGAUCUUGACUUCAGUGAAAGUAAUAAGUGCAUCAAUGUGAGAGAGCCAACAUCAGUCAAUAUUCUGCUGACCAACCUCAUCCAAGGAAAUCUGCUUCCUAAAGCUCAAAUCUGGAUCACCUCCCGACCUGCAGCGUCGAACCGUAUUCCUGCUGAUAAAGUUGACCGGGUCACAGAGGUGCGAGGAUUCAAUGAUGAGCAAAAAGAAGAGUACUUCAGGAAGAGGUUUAAUGUGGAUCUGGCUGAAAAAAUCCUCACCCAUGUGAAGAAAUCAAGGAGCCUUUAUAUCAUGUGUCACAUACCAGUUUUCUGUUGGAUCACUGCAAAGGUCCUGGAGGAAUAUGUGACCACAAACCAAGAUGAUGAAAUGCCCAAGACUCUGACUGACAUGUACACAUACUUUCUUUUGAUUGAGUGCAGACAGGCUAACAGAAAGUAUAAUGAAGACAAGACAGGUGAAAGCUGUGAGAUAGAUACAUGCUGGAAUGAAACAAACAAGGAAACCAUUAUAUCUUUAGGCAAACUAGCUUUUGAGGAGCUUGUUAAAAGAAACUUUCUCUUUGAUGAAGAAAACCUGACAGAGUGUGGUACUGACAUCACAAAAGCCGCAGUUUUUUCUGGGAUAUUGACUCAGAUCAAGAGAGAAGGUCCUUCACUGUACCCACAGAAACUGUUUUGCUUUGUCCAUUUGAGCAUUCAGGAGUUCAUGGCAGCUUUCUAUGUGUUUUACAUCUUUAAUAACAAAAGUGAAAAUCUGCUUACCCCACCUCCUUCAGUGGUUUCAGAUUUGCCUGCAUCUGACUUCUACAAGAAGGCAGUGGACAAAGCUUUAGAUAGUAAACAUGGAGACUGGGAUCUGUUUCUCCGCUUCCUGCUCGGCCUCUCACUGGAGACCAAUCAGAAUGAUCUGAAAGAGCUGCUGAUAGACAACAAAAAAAUUAACAAGCAGACCAACAAGGAGACAGCUGAGUACAUCAAAAAGAAGAUCAACGAAGACAUCAGUGAUGCAGAUAAAAACCUCAAUCUUUUUUACUGUUUGAAUGAGCUUAAUGAUCACUCUCUUGUGAAAGACAUCAAAGAGCAACUGCGAUCAGGAAAACAGAAUUUUGAAGAUUACUCUGCUGGUCAGUGGUCUGCUCUGACGUUUGUGCUGUUGACGUCAGACAAGAAACUUGAUGUGUUUGAUCUGAAAAAGUAUCGGAAAUCAGAGAAAGUUCUUCUGGGAAUGUUGCCAGUGGUCAAAGUCUCAAAAACUGCCUUGUAAGUACUUUUGAAUAAUUACUUUUGUAAUUCAGUGUGCACAAAGUUUAACUAUCUAAACAGCUUUCACAGAGAAGGAGAACUCCAGUGAGUUUAGUGGGAGAUUCAGUCAAUUCAGUGUCAUUUAUCAAGUUUGAAUUUCAAACUUUCUGCUUUAACCUCCUAGGACCUGGCAUCCACAUAUGUGGACAUCACAUUUGGGUUGUCUAGACCAAAAUACCUAAAU